UAGCUGGUAGAAUUAAAUGCCCACCACCUGACAAGUGAAAGUGACCCGACCCGACCCGACCCCCUGCAAUAUGUUUGGCGUCUCCAUGCCCAUGCCCUUCUUCUUCUUCUUCUUCUUCUUCUUCGCUAAUGGAAUGCCAAUGGUGUUAAAAGUGUUGCUAUUAUUAAUAGUGCCUCUAUUGAUUUGAUCUCUGCCUUUUUUUAUUCCUUUGCUUUCGCAGACAGCCAUGGCCAUGGCCAUGGGCUGGGUAACUACUGCUACUACUACUGCUUGCCAUUUCCUCAAUCCAUCCAUCCAUCCAUUCAAUGACUGGUUGAUGGAGACAAUUUCCCUCUUUCUCAAUAUACAUACAUAUAUGUAUCUGAUGAUUUCUCCCGAGAAGAAUCACAGUCACAGAGUGAAUGAAACUUUAGUAAUGAAGACAACACCACCACUACUACUUACUGCCAUUUUACUCAUCUUCCAUGCUCACGCCACUUCUCCUCACCUAGACUGCGAAUGUGAACCCGCUCCUCCACAACUGCCACCACCACCACCACCGCCACCUCCGCCGCCACCUCCCCCGCCACCACCGCAUCCAUGUCCGCCGCCAAGACCGCCGACGACACAAAUAUCACCGGAGCAGCAGGCCAUAUACGACAGAGCGGAGGCAGUCAUAGAAGAAUUUCGAACACAGAUAACCAAUGACCCCAAAGGGAUCACCAAAACCUGGAAGAAAGGCCGAAUAUGCCGCGACUCAAACAGCUACACUGGCUUCAUAUGCGACAAAAACAAAUUCGACAAACUAAACAGAAUCGCCCUCGUCAACUUCAACGGCUACGCCCUCGAAGGCGACCCCCUCCCGCUCCCCGGCAUCCUCGACAACCUCACCGACAUCAUCGUCUUCCACGCCAACUCCAACAACUUCUCCGGCCGCCUCCCCGCUGUCGCCGACAUCGUCCCCAGCCUCUUCGAGCUCGAUCUCAGCAACAACAAACUCCAAGGCCCCUUCCCCCCCACCGUCCUCAACGCCAAAAACCUCACCUUCCUCGACCUCCGAUUCAACUCCCUCGCCGGAAACCUCCCCCCUCAAGCAUUCAACCUUGACCUCGACGUCCUCUUCCUUAACAACAACCAAUUCGACGGAAAAAUCCCCGCCAAUCUCGGCGACUCCGCCGCCCUCUACAUCACCUUAGCCAACAACCGUUUCUCCGGCGAGAUCCCCGGCAGCAUUGGCAAAGCCUCCGAGACACUGCUGGAAAUCCUCUUCCUCAACAAUCACCUCCAAGGUUGUCUUCCUCACGAGAUCGGAUACCUUAAAAAGCUCACUCUUUUCGACGCCAGCAUCAACAGGCUCACCGGCACCAUCCCCGACUCCUUCGGCUGCCUCGUCGAUCUGCAGUACUUGAACUUGGCCGACAAUCUUUUCUACGGCGAAGUUUCAGAGUACCUCUGCUCGCUGAAGAAUCUGGUGACCGUUAAACUGGCCGACAAUUACUUCACUCAGGUCGGCCCCGAAUGUCGGAAGCUGAUCGCAGCUAAAGUUCUCGAUGUAAGUAAUAACUGCAUUGUCGGAGUCCCCGGGCAGAGAAAUGAAGCUGACUGCGAAAAGUUUUUUGAGAUGAAGCAGUAUUGCCCUGAUCCAAACUCCAUGAAAAUGUUGCCCUGCAAGCUUCAGCGUAAUACUACUACUGCUUCUGUUCCGGUGAUCAGGAAACUGAUGGCCAUGCCACGCACUUAUGCAGCUCUACAGAGACCGUAGACAGUAUGUAGAAAAGAUCCUUACAGGGAAGAAUUUCUUGUGGGGAAGAUGCUUUACAGUUCACAAAUGGAUGCAUAAGUGUAUAUCGUCAAGAAUGUGUGGAUAUGGAUAUAUAUGAUGAUUGUUGUUACUUAA